AUGAUCGAUGACUGUAAAAAUGUGAAUGAACUUAAAAAUACGACUUAUUGGGAUAUAGUUAUUAUAACUGCAUUAGAUAAAGCACAAAAGGAAGCGUAUGAUUCAACAAUCAACGAGCGACUUAAAACGAAUAGAAUUCCAUGUGGUGUUCAAUAUUUGAUUGUUGCAGAUCCAUGGAAAAUUGGAAAUGGUGGUUCAACAAUGCACGCUCUCCAUGUUGUUGAGCAACAGCUUGGUGAAAACUUUUCAAAAAAUCGUAUAUUAUUAAUACAUGCUGGUGGAUAUUCGCAGCGAACUCCAACAUCAUGCUGUUUAGGGAAAAUAUCAACAUCAAUUCCAAAAGGUUUUCCUGUAUACGAUUUACUCGAUUUAAAAUUAGCUUUAUAUAGUUUAUUUCCAUCGCGUAUGAAAUCUGGUAUAUUUCUUUGUUCAUCGGAUACAAUUGAAAUAUUUGAUUGUGGUAAUGAUAUAAACUGGUGGAUAAAAGAAGAUUUUGUUGCAUUUUCUCAUCCAUCCACUGUUAGUGUUGGAGAACAACAUGGUGUCUAUGUGUUAGAUCGUUCAUCAAGUAAAGAUGGUAUUUUGUAUCAAGCUUUAUGUGUUUUACAAAAACCAUCGAUUGAAAAGAUGAAAAAAUACAAUGCAAUUCAUACAGAGAAUAAUAGAGAUCGUGUUUAUACCGAUAGUUUAUAUUAUUUUAAUUUUAAUGUAGCUAAAAAACUAAUGGCUAUUUGGCGUUCAGAAUUAAAAAAUGAACAUGAAGAAACGGCAUUCUACUGUGAAAUUGAUUGUUAUGGAGAUUUUAUGAUGCCAUUAGGAAAACAAGCAAGUAUUUCUAAUGAAUUCAAUGACAAUGAUGAACGAACAAAAAUAUUAAAAAAAAUUUUUGAAAAUUUACGCACAUGUCAAUUAGAAGUUAUUGUAUUAGAAAAUUCAACUUUUAAUCAUACUGGAACAAAUGAAGAAUAUUUAGAUAUAUGUUGUAAUCAACAAGCACAAUUAUUUCUUGAACUUGAUCUUACAAAACAGAUUGGUUUAAAAUUAUACGACAAUAUAGAAACUCAGAAAAAUAUCAAUUUUUGGCAAAUUUCAUCUAUAACGAAUAAAAUUUCAACAAAAACUCAACAUCCUUUAAAUAUACACGGCUGUGUAUUUCAUAGUAUUAUUCAUGAAAAAUCUCACACUCAUCCACGAUCUAUCAUUGAAUAUUGUUUAAUCAAUAUUCCAAUAAUUAUUCAAAUCAAUUCAAUUUUAAGUAAUAUAAAUAUCGAUGGAACAUGUAUCCCAACUAUUAAUAGGAUUGAAUUACCAUCAGGUUUAAUUAUGCAAACAAUUUCAGUAUGUGAUAAUGUUCAUAACAACAGUCAAUUAUCUUAUGUUACAUUUGCAUUUGAAUAUGAUGCUUCUAUGAAAAAAAUAUAUAAUGAUAUAAAUGAAAUGAAAUAUUUUGAUAAACCAUUAUCGUUGAUUGCUAAUAAAUUAAAUUGUAAAAUUGAUGAUUUAUUUAAUAAGAAUGAAAAAUCAAAAUCUUUAUGGAACAUUAAGUUAUUUUCACUUGGACAAACUCCGACUCAAUCAUUUAUUCAAACAUGGAAUUUAAUAUCUGUAGAUACAAAUUGUUUCAAUGAAAAUUUAUUGAAACGUAUAUCGAUGGCCGAUAUUUUAAAAAUUAGAUUGGUGAAAAAUAUUUUACAAUACAGAUCAAAUAUGACUAAUAAUACAAACAAUUCGUAG